GUGUCUCACCCUCUUGCAGUCUGCAGCUUCUCCUGUCAUCGGAAAUGCCAGGCCAAGGUGGCUGCCCCCUGCGUUCCUCCAUCCAACCAUGAGCUGGUGCCUAUCACCACUGAGAGUGCGCCAAAGAAUGUAGUGGACACGGGAGAAGGAUCCUCCCGGGGCGGAAACACACGGAAAAGCCUCGAGGACGACGGCUCCACCAGGGUCAUCCCGAGUGUCCAGCCCCAUCUCCAGCCCAUCAGAAACAUGAGUGUGAGCCGGACCAUGGAGGACAGCUGUGAGCUGGACCUGGUGUACGUUACAGAGAGAAUCAUCGCAGUCUCCUUCCCCAGUACAGCCAAUGAGGAGAACUUCCGGAGCAACCUCCGUGAGGUGGCCCAGAUGCUCAAGUCUAAACAUGGAGGCAACUACUUGCUAUUCAACCUCUCAGAGCGGAGACCUGACAUCACAAAGCUCCAUGCCAAGGUACUGGAGUUUGGCUGGCCUGACCUACACACUCCUGCCCUGGAGAAAAUCUGCAGCAUCUGCAAGGCCAUGGACACGUGGCUCAACGCAGACCCUCACAAUGUCGUCGUUCUGCAUAAUAAGGGAAACCGAGGCAGAACAGGAGUAGUCAUCGCAGCUUACAUGCACUACAGCAACAUUUCUGCCAGUGCGGACCAGGCUUUGGACCGGUUUGCAAUGAAGCGGUUCUAUGAGGAUAAGAUUGUACCCAUUGGCCAGCCAUCCCAAAGAAGGUACGUGCAUUACUUCAGCGGCCUGCUCUCCGGCUCCAUCAAAAUGAACAACAAGCCCUUGUUUCUUCACCACGUGAUCAUGCAUGGCAUCCCGAACUUUGAGUCUAAAGGAGGGUGCCGGCCAUUUCUCCGCAUCUACCAGGCCAUGCAACCUGUUUACACAUCUGGGAUCUACAACAUCCCAGGAGACAGCCAGACCAGUGUCUGUAUCACCAUUGAGCCAGGACUGCUCCUGAAGGGAGACAUCUUGCUUAAGUGCUACCACAAGAAGUUCCGGAGCCCAUCCCGUGAUGUCAUCUUCCGGGUGCAGUUCCACACAUGUGCCAUCCAUGACUUGGGGGUUGUCUUUGGCAAGGAAGACCUUGAUGAUGCCUUCAAAGGUGGGCUCCUUGGCCUUUACAAGAAUGCUAGAAACAAGACUCCUGGGUUCUCCAUCCAGCUUAAGCCACUGGGCCCGCCCCGUCCCGCCAUGCUCAAGAACAUGAGAAGUCCCUCAGGGACAUUCUGGGGGAGCUUGUUGGCUUUCUCUGUUUUUGCAGCUGCUGAUCUCUUUUCCCUCCCCUCACUGUCCCCCUACUUGGCCCCUGCCUUUCCCACCCACUCAGGCAUGGAGCACCUGGAGAAUGGGCCCAGUGUGUCUGUGGACUACAACACCUCUGACCCCCUGAUCCGCUGGGAUUCCUAUGACAACUUCGGCGGGCAUCGAGAUGACGGCAUGGAGGAGGUGGUAGGACAUACCCAGGGGCCACUAGAUGGAAGCCUGUAUGCCAAGGUGAAGAAGAAGGACUCCCUGCACGGCAGCACUGGGGCUGUCAAUGCCACACGUCCUGUGCUGUCGGCCACCCCCAACCAUGUGGAGCACACACUCUCUGUGAGCAGCGACUCCGGUAACUCCACGGCCUCCACCAAGACAGACAAGACCGAUGAGCCUGUUGCCGGGGCCCCCAGCAUUCCUACUGCCCUGAGUCCGGAGGAGAAGCAGGAGUUGGAUCGCCUGCUCAGUGGCUUUGGCUUAGAACGAGAGAAGCAAGGCGCCAUGUAUCAUACCCAGCACCUCAGGUCCCGCCCAGCUGGGGGCCAGGUUGUGCCCUCCUCUGGCCGCCAUGUUGUCCCAGCCCAGGUUCAUGUCAAUGGUAGGGCCUUGGUGUCUGAGCGAGAGACAGACAUCCUGGACGAUGAGCUGCCCAACCAGGAUGGGCACAGUGUGGGCAGCAUGGGCACACUGUCCUCCCUGGACGGGGUCACCAACACCAGUGAGGCAGGCUACCCAGAGGCCCUAUCCCCACUCACCAAUGGCCUGGACAAGCCCUAUCCCAUGGAGUCUAUGGUCAAUGGUGGGGGCUACCCCUAUGAACCUGCCAGAUGUGCAGUGCCUGCCCAUGCUGGCCACAUGGCCCCCAUGCGACCCUCCUACUCUGCACAGGAAGGUUUAGCUGGCUACCAGCGGGAGGGGCCCCACCCAGCCUGGCCUCAGCCAACGACCACCUCCCAGUGUGGUCAUGACCCCAGCAGUAUGUUCCGCUCUCAGUCCUUUUCGGAAGCUGAGCCCCAGCUGCCUCCAGCUCCAGCCCGUGGCGGAAGCAGCCGGGAGGCCGUGCAGAGGGGGCUGAAUUCAUGGCAGCAGCAGCAACAGCAACAGCAACAGCAGCAGCAACAGCCUCACCCACCUCCUCGGCAGCAGGAAAGAGCCCAUUUGGAGAGUCUAGUGACCAGCAGGCCUGGCCCCCAGCUAUUGGCAGAGGCCCCCAGCCCUGGGCUCCCAGAGUUCCCAAGGGCAGCCUCUCGGCAGGAGAUUGAGCAGUCCAUUGAAGCACUCAACAUGCUGAUGCUGGACCUAGAGCCAACAGCGGCCGCUGUCCCCCUGCACAAGUCCCAGAGUGUUCCAGGGGCCUGGCCAGGGGCUUCCCCACUCUCUUCCCAGCCCCUCUCUGGUUCCUCUCGCCAGUCCCAUCCAAUGACCCAAUCCAGAUCUGGCUACAUCCCUAGUGGACAUUCCUUGGGAACCCCUGAGCCGGCCCUGCAGGCCUCUCUGGAGUCCAUCCCUCCGGGCAGGUCUUACUCACCGUACGAUUACCAGCCAUGUCCAGUAGGGCCCAGCCAGGGUUUCUGUCCAAAAAGCUCAGUCUCCUCCUCCUUGCCCACCUUCCUUCCAACCUCCCACAGCCCUCCAGGGCCUCAGCAAUCCCCCGUCUCCCUCCCUGGCCUCCCUGUUCAGCCACAGCUCCCACCAAAGGAAACGACUUCAGACCCAUCCAGAACUCCAGAGGAGGAGCCAUUGAAUCUGGAAGGGCUGGUGGCCCACAGGGUAGCAGGGGUGCAGGCUCGGGAGAAGCAGCCCUCAGAGCCCCCAGCCCCUCUGCGGAGACGGGCGGCCAGUGAUGGACAGUAUGAGAACCAGUCUCCAGAAGCCACAUCCCCCCGUAGCCCUGGGGUUCGCUCUCCUGUCCAGUGUGUCUCCCCCGAGCUGGCUCUUACCAUUGCCCUCAAUCCUGGAGGGCGGCCCAAGGAGCCCCAUCUGCACAGCUACAAGGAAGCUUUUGAGGAGAUGGAGGGGACUUCCCCAAGCAGCCCACCGCCCAGUGGAGUACGAUCCCCGCCGGGUCUGGCCAAGACACCCCUGUCUGCUCUGGGCCUGAAACCUCACAAUCCAGCGGACAUCCUGUUGCACCCCACAGGCGAGCCCCGGAGCUAUGUCGAGUCUGUUGCACGGACAGCAGUGUCUGGACCCCGAGCUCAGGACCCUGAGCCCAAGAGCUUUAGUGCACCAGCAGCCCAAGCCUAUGGCCAUGAGACACCCUUGAGGAAUGGGACUCUGGGUGGCUCCUUUGUCUCCCCAAGCCCCCUCUCUACCAGCAGCCCCAUCCUCAGCGCUGACAGCACUUCAGUGGGGAGUUUCCCAUCUGGGGAGAGCAACGACCAGGGUCCCCGGACACCCACUCAGCCUCCGUUGGAAUCUGGCUUCCGCUCCAGCAACCUGGGGCAGCCCAGCCCUUCAGCCCAGAGAAGCUACCAGAGCUCUUCUCCUCUCCCGACUGUGGGCAGCAACUACAGCAGCCCCGACUACUCACUGCAGCAAUUCAGCUCCUCUCCGGAAAGCCAGGCCCGCUCUCAGUUCAGUGUGGCUGGCAUCCACACGGUGCCUGGGAGCCCUCAGGCACGUCACAGGACAGUGGGCACCAACACUCCCCCGAGUCCUGGCUUCACCCGGCGGGCCAUCAACCCUAGCAUGGCUGCCCCUAGCAGUCCCAGUUUGAGUCACCGCCAGGUGAUGGGUCCACCAGGUACUGGUUACCAUAGUAACAUGGUCUCCAGCCCUCAAAGCAGCACAGUGACCACUCCAGGGAGCCCCAGCCUAGGCCGGCACCCAGCAGGGGCCCACCAGGUUUCUGGCCUCCAUGGCAGUGUGGCCACCACUCCAGGAAGUCCCAGCCUGGGCCGGCAUCCUGGGGCCCACCAAGGCAACCUGGCCUCCAGUCUCCAUGGCAACACAAUAGCCAGCCCUGGAAGCCCCAACCUGGGCCGUCACCUGGGAGGGUCUGGAUCUGUGGUUCCUGGCAGCCCCAGCUUGGACCGGCAUGUGGCUUAUGGUGGCUAUUCCACUCCUGAGGACCGGAGACCCACCCUGUCCCGGCAGAGCAGUGCCUCUGGCUACCAGGCUCCUUCUACGCCCUCCUUCCCUGUCUCCCCGGCCUACUACCCUGGCCUGAGCAGCCCUGCCACCUCUCCCUCGCCGGACUCAGCAGCCUUCCGACAAGGGAGCCCAACACCAGCAUUGCCAGAGAAGCGGAGGAUGUCCGUGGGAGACCGAGCGGGCAGCCUCCCCAACUACGCCACCAUCAAUGGGAAGGUGUCCUCGCCUGUCGCCAGUGGUAUGUCCAGCCCCAGCGGUGGCAGCACUGUUUCCUUCUCCCAUACUCUGCCUGACUUCUCCAAGUACUCCAUGCCAGACAACAGCCCUGAGACACGGGCUAAAGUAAAGUUUGUCCAGGAUACUUCCAAGUAUUGGUACAAGCCUGAGAUCUCCAGGGAGCAGGCCAUUGCGCUCCUCAAGGACCAGGAGCCAGGGGCCUUCAUCAUCCGUGACAGCCACUCCUUCCGAGGGGCCUACGGGCUGGCAAUGAAGGUGUCUUCGCCACCCCCAACCAUCAUGCAGCAGAAUAAAAAAGGAGACAUGACCCAUGAGCUGGUGAGGCAUUUCCUGAUAGAGACUGGCCCCAGAGGAGUCAAGCUCAAGGGCUGCCCCAACGAGCCAAACUUUGGAUCCCUGUCUGCCCUCGUCUACCAGCACUCCAUCAUACCCUUGGCCCUGCCCUGCAAGCUGGUCAUUCCAAACCGAGACCCCACAGAUGAAUCAAAAGAUAGCUCGGGUCCUGCUAACUCAACUGCUGACCUACUGAAGCAAGGGGCAGCUUGCAAUGUGCUCUUUGUCAACUCUGUGGACAUGGAAUCCCUCACUGGGCCACAGGCUAUCUCAAAAGCCACAUCUGAGACAUUGGCUGCUGAUCCCACGCCAGCUGCCACCAUCGUUCACUUCAAGGUCUCUGCCCAAGGAAUCACUCUAACUGACAACCAGAGAAAGCUUUUCUUCAGACGACACUAUCCCCUCAACACUGUCACCUUCUGUGACCUGGAUCCACAGGAAAGAAAGUGGACGAAAACAGAGGGAGGCGUCCCAGCUAAGCUCUUUGGCUUCGUGGCCCGGAAGCAGGGCAGCACCACGGACAAUGCCUGCCACCUCUUUGCGGAGCUUGACCCCAACCAGCCAGCUUCUGCCAUUGUCAACUUCGUCUCCAAGGUCAUGCUGAAUGCUGGCCAGAAGAGAUGAGCCCACCCUUUGCCCUGGGCCAGUGCAGUGGGGAUGGGGCUUGUUGGGAGGGGAACCGGGCAUCCUGACCACCCUUGAAUCCAGAAGGAGGACUUUGGGACAAUUUUGCAGAAGGAGAGAAGAAAGUGCAACGUGGGGAGAGGAAAGUGAAUUUCAGAGGGGAAGGGGGUAGAGAGAGAGAGCAAGAAAAAGAUGGCAGAGAAGGACAUGGGUUCCCCUGGGUGAUGGAGACUACAAAAACCCAAAGCCUUCAAACCAGGUCCCUCUAACUCCCCCUCUUCCUCUCCUAGAGGAGAAGGAUCAAGCCUCCUUGGGGAUCCAUAUUUUGGGGGGGGAAUGGAAAAGCCAUAUUUCCCUUACCCAACUGCUUAGCAAGGAGAAAGUAAGCUUUUUCUGGCCACCUGUAGGGUAGGUCACCAAACUAAACAGAGCCAGCGUGGGACACCAAGUGGGCAAACUUUUCUUUUGAAAAUAUCUCAGACCCAAGGCACCUCAGGUCUCUUUGCUGUGCCUCCGAUGUGUUGCUGUGUGGGUGUGCGUUCGUCUGCACCCACAUCCUCUAGCCUCUGUCAGCUAGAGUUAUAAGCAGCUCUCCUUGUCUGUGUCCCGUGUGUUUGUAUCCACAACGCAUACUGUCCAAAGAAGGUUAGUGCUGGGGGUGCCAGGGCAGCAGGGAAGCUCUCACUUCUAGACCCUGCACCUGCACCCUCAUGGCCCUUAGUGCCACCAGCCUUUCUCCUCUACCAAAACCCCCCACAGGAGUGGGGUGGCCACCCCUGCCGCUUACCCUAUUCUGCCUUAACUGGGAGCUUUGGUAUGGAUAUGUGUGUCCUUAGCCUUGGGGAAGAGUCAGGAGGGGCAGCUGCUGAGCUGGGAGGUUUAUGGCCCAGCAGCAAGGAAGGCAAAUCGCUCCCACGGUGCCCUGGACUCUGCCUUAGCGCCCACCUCUCAGCCCUGUUCUUGGGUUCCAUGCCCCAGAAUAAGCCUUAUCUCAGACUUGCUUAUCUGCAUGUUGCCUUUAGGGGGCGAGAGAGUGAGCCCUGCCCUGUACUAUGCCCCGGUACAGGGUCUCCACGUUGCAGUUCUACCUGAGGAAUCUGCUUCCUGCCCCAUGAGGCCCAGGGGAGGAGGCCACAGUCCUUAUCCUCCCUCUGUACGUUCUGGGCUCUGACUUUUGCAGGCACCCUUCUGGCUGGGCUGCCCAAGGUGACAGCAGAGCUCCUGGGACUGCUACCUAUGCACCCCAUGGCCUUCCUACAAGGCCAAAGCCUUGCUGUUUCCCUGCUGCCCUGGUUUCCCCAGCUGAGCCACGCUGCCCAUGCAGCAGAAGGCAAGCAAUUAGACCAAAGGGCCUGGGGUCCAUUUGGGCAAUUGGGAAAAACCCUGACCACCACCCAAACACUCAGGCCAGAAUAGAAAAUUCACUAGGACUCCAUACUUACACCUGAAGGGGUCCCCUAGAGAAAGGCAUUGUACUGAUAUAUAAAUAUUAUAAUAUAUACAGGAGACAUACUGACAGAAUCUGUAAGCUAAUAAAAUAUAAGAAAAGGUAAAAAAAAAUAGGUAAAUUGACAAGAAGUAUUUAUUGUUUUCCCAUAUUGCUUUACUGCCUUCUCUGGGCAUAAACUGAUCCCUUUUUAUAUGUAUAAAUAAAGCCUGAAACAUAGGGAGGGGCCUUGAUCCUUGGAGCAGCUGAGGGUCUCCUGGCCUGGCCCUGGCCUGCCCUAGACUUUGUCUAGGGCUCAGCGUUGGGGGCAGUUGCAUGCAUUCCACCCAUUGGGUCCCCUUAUUUUCUGGCAGGCCAGGGGCCCAGCAGUCAGCUCCCAGGAUGUGAGAGUGCGAGUGUGCGGGGAUGCGGCUGUGUGUGGCACACAGGACCAUGUGUGCAUCUUUUGUAUUUUUUCUCCUCCAAGGAGCUGAAUCAGUGUGGACAUUCUGUUUCAGGGAGUUGGAAAGGAGAGUGUCUGAAGAAGGUGGGAGUGGGGGCUAAGGCCCCACUGACCUCCCACUUCCCCCAAGAGUCAAACUUUGUGCUUGGUGACUGAGAUCCCUCCUUCUGAGAUAUUCAAGCCCAAACCCUGGAUUUUGCCCUCUCCUCAUUCCCUGGCUAACCCCAGUUCCCUUGCAAGAUGGAAGGAGAUAUUUGCCAUCCCUUCCUUUGUAGAUAUCUUCAUCCUCCCCUAGAUAGCCCAGGGCGUCUCCUCCUGGUGGGGAUGUUCACUCCACACUUGAGUUUGGAUGGGGCAUCAGACCCAUCCAGACUUGGGCCAGGGCUGAGUCUAGGCUCAGUCUUCACUCGCACUUCUCCUGCCCACUGCCCACCACAGCCCACCCCGCAGGCAUGGCAGCCCUUCCACACCAGGCCUGAGCCGUGUGUUACCCUUCAGGAGGACCCAGGUUGAUGCUGCAAAGCUGAUAACUCACUCCCAGCAUCCCUCUGGGAGGAGCCAGUUUCUGAGAGUUUGGUCUUGUCAGGAGAAUGAGGGGAAGUGUCCCCAGUCUCCACAGGGGCCCCACCUUGGGGCCCUGCACAGAGCCCUCCUGUCUCUCACCCAUGCACACACCUAUGCACACAUACCACUCAGCACCACAGUAUAUUCUUGCCAAAGAUUCCCUUUAAAACAAAGCACUUUUACUAAUUAUUGUUAUUAUUUUAGAAGUGUUUAUCCUGUUUGUUCCUCUCCCCCUGGACCUCUUUUGCUGUUGUUUACUGUUGAAUCUGUUUGUCAGCCAGGAGAGUGCUGUCUGGUCUUAUGGGGGCUGGGGCAGGAAAGGGCCUGAGAGAAGUUGGCAGGAAAGGGUGGGAGAAGCAUGGCCAUCUGGCCAUGGCAGUGAUGUGCAGGCUCGCGCCCCAUCCCCAGCCCCUCACUGCCUCUAGCCGUCCAGUCAGGUGUCUGGGGCAGGCCUGGGGCCUCGCCCUAGGUGGCUCAUAUGCUGUCUGGAGGCAAGAGGGCAGGGCAGGGACAUAUCCAAUUAAGCUAGAAAAGGGGCCCAGUAAGCUCCACGUGGCUCCUUCCAGGGGGAGCAAGUGGGAGGAGUUAGGCACAGAAACAAUGGACAGCGCCGCCCCCCCCCCACCCCCACUAUAACAGUGUCCUGACUCCUUUAUUUCCUCAGGUGUUAGAGAAACAGAAACUUUACAUCCCAGGUUUGGAAGAGCCCAUCUCAUCUGAUCCUUUCCUUAGUAUCUCUGAAAGCCUGUGGAUUCCUUUUCUACUGAUUUUUGAGGAAUCCUUCACUGUGUCAGAGAUUGGCCAGAAUAGAGUUGUGGGGUCCUGAGGCCACCUGACAGCAGGGGGCAGCCCACUGCAUGUGUGUGAUCCCACUGGAAGGGGCUCUCAGGAGCCGGGGAGAGUAGGAGAUUCUUCUGCUCUGUGCUGAUUGGCCUGUGCAGAGAUUGGGCAGGUUCUCAUGCUGUCCUGGGGUGCAGAGGGGUCAGUGAGUGUGAUAGCAUCCAUCCUUGCUCUGAUUCUUAUCUACCACCCUUGCCUCCUGGGUCCUUUCCUCCUUCCUGGUUUGUUCCCAGCUACAGAACCUGGGGAGUUCAAGUGGGCCAGGGCCCUGUUCAAGGAGGCAGUCCACUCCAACCCCACACUCAGGGUCCUUGAAGAGGUUGGGAGCCAGGGCCCCAGAGCCAACUUUACACCCAGGUCCAGCUCCUGGAAUCCUGAGACUCACAUUUCCUUGGCCAGUGGUAACAUAGGACGUGUGUGUGUGGGUGUGCAAGUGUGGAUGUGUAGGCAUAGUAUUUUUGCUCAUCUCUUUGGGGAACUUGGGGGUUGGGGCUGGAGGUGGUGGGCAAUGGGCAUCAAGUCCCAUAUCACCCAGCAGCAAGAGGAAUUGGGAAGUGAGGCCUGGAGGGCCACUUUGGUGCAGUCUCAGUGUUGGUGAUGGUGGGGACUGGCCCACACGGGGCUCUGGCAGAUCUGUUCCUUCUUGACUCCUCUGUCCUCCAGUGUCCCAAGUGUUAGAGGAUCUUUGUUUUUAUCCCACACCUGGGCUCUUUCCAACAGCAAAGUUAUCAUAGAGGGAUAUCUCAAGUUUGUUUCCAAUCAGUGUUAAGCCGCUUGAAACUCUCCUGUGUGUCUGUGUUUGGUGUGUGCGUGGGAAUGAGAGAGCACAUCAGUGCGUGCAUGCCAUGUUUCCCCAUUUCUCUCCUCCCUUCUGAUCUGUCAUUCAAAAUAAAUGCAAGAAAUCCCUGACCCACCACCCUCCUUGCCUCCCAGGCCCUCUGCAGGAAAAACAGAAUAACCCAGCAUCCUCCCUGUGCCCCGGCUGUGUAUUUAUAUAGAUGGAAAUAUACUUUAUAUUUUGUAUCAUCAUGCCUAUAACCUCCGCCACCUUGUAUAAACCCUGAUGUAUGCUACUUGUCCUGGACAUGAAUGUAUUGUACACUGAUGCUGUCCCCCUCCUGUACAGCUGCUUUGUUUCUUUGCAAUCCAUUGUAUGGCUUUAUAAAUGAUAAAGUUAAAGAAAAAUCUG